AUGCGUUCGGGAAUAAUUCCCCCACUCCUCGCUGUAAUUGCAUCGGCUAUCGCGUCGCCAGCCCCACACACCACGGAGACCACAUCAUCCACACUACAGACAGUCACCGCCUCCGGGCUCUCUGCACUGACACCAGCGGUGGACGGCGCCCUCUUCGCCGCAGCCGACGAUGACGCAACCACGAUCAUAACUCUGGCCUCAGCCCAGACAGUGCUGAUCUCCGUCCCCGGGAAUGAGCCCUACACCGCGAUUCCCGAGCAGGGUUAUGUCCAGGUCCAGGUCGCGGUGCAGGUGUCUGUCGUCGUGGACUACUUCGACACCAGCAGCACUGUCAGCACAGUCACCCAGACACAAACCAUCGAGAGGCGUGUCGACUUCUGUACCACGACUUCAACGAUCGGCAUCUCGUGA